AUGUGGGGCUUAAUAUCGGCUUCAACGGCUACUGGAGCACCAGGUUAUCGCUCCUUUUUCUUACGGGCCUCCGCAGUCCUCCCUAACUUCCAGACGUUUCGGCACAGUAGCUCCAGCAGCAAUACACACAGCAGCAACAGUCGCAGCACUCUGACCUUCCGCAUUCAUCGCUACGAUCCAGAGAAGGGCGGGAGGCCUCGCAUGCAGGAAUACACACUCGACACAUCGACUUGUGGGCCCAUGGUGCUGGAUGCGCUUAUUGCAAUCAAGGCCGAACAAGACCCAACUUUGUCCUUUCGUCGGAGUUGCCGCGAGGGGAUUUGCGGGUCUUGCGCGAUGAACAUUGACGGAAUUAACUGCCUCGCCUGCCUCACGCCAAUUCAAAAGACACACCGCACUACUCACAGAAAGCCGACUAUAAAGGGCGGCACCCUGGGUGCAGUAGUUGGUGCAGUAGAGAAGAGCUUGGAAGAGUACGACAAAAUGCAGGGACCUAGCACAGAGGAACACGCAGAUCACUUUGUCAACGAUGACGAUAGCGCCCCUGUGGAUAUUCUUCCGCUUCCAUACGCGAUGGUUUUAAGGGACCUGGUGCCGGAUCUUACCAACUUUUAUACUCAGUACAAGUCCGUGCAGCCUUGGCUGCAGAGGAAGACACAGCCCACAGAGGGCACGGAAAUUCUGCAGUCGAUAGAGGACCGCGAAAAGUUGGAUGGCCUGUACGAGUGCAUCUUGUGCGCCUGCUGUUCAACUUCCUGCCCUUCUUACUGGUGGAACCCUCAGGCCUAUCUCGGGCCAGCAGUUCUCCUCCAGGCCUUCCGCUGGAUCAGCGACAGCCGCGACGAGUUCACUCGCGAGCGCCUCGCCCAAAUAAAUGACACCAUGAAGCUUUACAGGUGCCAUGGGAUCAUGAAUUGCUCGAUUGCCUGUCCAAAAGGGCUCGACCCUGCAGGGGCUAUAAGGAAGAUGAAGAAGCAGAUACAAGAGGAAUUUGGCACGGAUUUUGUGCAGCUUGCUGCCCAGGCAGCCCGCGCCCGUUCUGCGGAGCUGGCGAAAGAGCUAAAAGCGGAGUCUUGA